AUGCGGUUCUCGUUGGUGGUGUCGCUUCUGCGGCCCGUGGGGCCCGUGGUGGUUGGGGUGUCGCUGGGCUUCACGCUCAGCCUGCUCAGCGUGACCUGGGUGGAGGAGCCGUGCGGGCCCAGCCGGGUCAGCCUGCGAGAUGGGGGCCUGGCGCCGCGGCGGCAGCAGCAGCAGCAAGGCGGCCAGGGCAAUGCUGCCCGCAAGCCCAAUUCUGUGCCUGGGGGAUUGGGCGUGGAGCCUGAACAGAAUUGGGAGCCCCGUGUCCUGCCCUACAAGCCUCCAAACCCAGGCAAGGCUGCCAAGAAAGCCAUCAGGACUCGCUAUAUCAGCACAGAACUUGGCAUGCGCCAGCGCCUCUUUGUUGGUGUGUUGACCUCAAAGAAUACAUUGCACUCUCUGGCUGUGGCAGUGAAUCGCACAUUGGGCCACCGGUUGGAGCGUCUAGUCUAUUUCACAGGCACCCGGGGGCGCAAAGUACCACAUGGCAUGAUGGUAGUGACACAUGGUGACGAGAGGCCCAUCUGGAACAUGUACCAAACAGUCAAGUACGUGCUGGACCAUUAUGUGGCUGACUUCGACUGGGUUUUCCUGGUGCAGGAUGACACCUACACGGAGGCACAUCGUAUCAACCGCUUGGCCUCUCAUCUCAGCAUUGAUACUCUUCUCUACAUGGGUCGGCCCGAGGAGUUCAUUGGUGGGGACACUCAAGGACGAUACUGCUAUGGGGGCUUUGGCUACCUGCUCUCCCGGGCCCUUCUGCUGCGCUUGCAGCCUCAUUUGGAAAGCUGCCGAAAUGACAUCCUGAGUGCCCGGCCUGAUGAGUGGUUGGGGCGCUGCAUCAUUGACUACACAGGAGUUGACUGUGUGGCGGAGCAUGAGGGCCUUCGUUACCACUAUUUUGAGCUUGGAAAGAACACAGAUCCUGAGAAGGAGAGUGACCCACAGUUCGAUGUUGCAUUCACAGUACACCCAGUGUUGGACCCUGUGCAGAUAUACCGGCUACACAGACAUUUUGCCAAUGUGGAACUGGAACGCACUUACCAGGAAAUACAGCAGCUUCAGCUGGAGAUUCAAAAUACCAGCAGUCUCUCUGCAGACGGUGCAUUGAGUGCCACAUGGCCCGUUGGCAUUGCACCCCUUUUCCAACCAAAGACUCGUUUUGAGGUGCUGCGCUGGGAUUACUUUACUGAAGAGGCAGCCUUUGCCUGUGUGGAUGGUGCUCCAAAGUGUGAGCUCCAAGGAGCAGAUGCAGCUGACGUGGCAGAUGUGGUUGCUGCAGCUGUAGAAGAGCUGAACCACCGAUACCAGCCAGUGCUACACGUGCGCAAGCAACAGUUGCUGAAUGGGUACCGCCGCUUUGACCCUACACGAGGCAUGGAGUACACUCUGGACCUACAGCUGGAGAUGGUGACUCAAAAAGGGUACAGCCAUUCACUGGCCAAGAGGGUGCAUCUUCUGCGCCCACUCAGUGAGGUUGAGAUCAUUCCUAUGCCCUACGUCACUGAGGCUAGCCGAGUUAAUGUCAUCCUUCCACUAACUGCCCCAGAACGGGACUAUGCUGCACGCUUUCUAGAGGUCUAUGCUGCAGCAGCCUUUGAAAAUGCUGAGAAUGCCGUGCUCACCUUCCUUUUCAUCUACGAUCCCUUUGAGGCUCAGCAGGUGUCUCAGAAUGAUGUCUUUGGGGCAGUGAAAGCACGAAUUGCAGAAUAUGAACGACGGUAUACUCAAGUGAAGAUCCCUUGGAUCAGUGUCAAGACAGAUGCACCUUCCCAGAUUAAGGUUAUGGACAUCAUCUCCAAGAAGCACCCUGUAGACACGCUCUUCUUUGUGGCUGGUGUAAGCACGGAGGUCACAACAGAGUUCCUCAACCGCUGCCGCAUGAACACCAUCAAUAGCUGGCAGGUCUUCUUCCCCAUCCACUUUCAGGGUUACAAUCCCACUAUUGCUUUCCACAAUCAACCCUCACCUCUUUCUAGCCUGGAUCUGGUACGUGAUGCUGGCCACUUUGACCGUGAUGCUUUCAAUGAAGCUUGCUUCUACAAUGCGGACUACAUGGCAGCCCGCACACGCAUGGCAUCUGACGUGCAGGACAAUGAGGAUAUCUUGGAGACCGUGGACAUCUAUGACCUGUUUGUCAAGUAUUCUAACUUGCACGUCUUCCGUGCUGUAGAACCUGCCCUCCUCCAGCAGUACAGGCCACACAGUUGCAACCCCCGGCUUAGUGAGGAGCAGUAUCACCGUUGUGUGCAGAGCAGCUUGGAGGGCCUGGGUUCCCGUGCCCAGCUGGCCAUGGUGCUGUUUGAGCAGGAACAAGGCAAUAGCACGUGAGCCUUGGGGC